AUGUUUAAAAUUACAACAUUAAAUCAUAUAAAUAAUGAUACAAAUCGUCCUCUUAUAUCAUUAACUACUCGAUUAGGUAAUAAAUACUUGUUUGGUAAAAUUCCAGAAGGUUGUCAAAGAAUUUUAAAUUCAAUAAAUUCAGAAAUAAAAUAUAAUAAAUUACAAGGAAUAUUUUUAACUGGUAAUAUCCUUGGUUGGUCAGAUUUAGGAGGAUUACCUGGAUUAUUUUUAACAAUAAGUGAUGCAACUAAACAAGGUAUAAAAAUUUAUGGAAAUUCUAAAAUUUUAUCAUAUAUUGUUACUACUUGGAGACAAUUUGUAUUUAGAUUAGGAAUUAAUAUUGAUAUAAUUGAUGUUAUUGAUAAUAAGGAAAUAAUACUUCUGAAUGAUGAAGUAACUGUUAAAUCAAUAACAAUUGAAUCAAAUAAAAACAUCGAAACAGAAACAAACAAAGAAGAAGAAAAUAUAUUAUUAAGACAAAUUAAAAAAUUAGCAUCAUUAAUGUUUCCAUUAAAUACUUCUGAAAUAAAUAGUAGAAAUCCAGAAUCUUAUAAAUCAGAUCCAUCACAAAGAGAUAUACAUACUCAUGUAAAAUUACCACGUUCAAAAAUAUCACAAUAUUUAAAUUUUCAAAAUCAAUCAUCAAUAUCUUACUUACUUGAAUUUUCUAAAAUUCGAGGGAAAUUUGAUCCAAAAAGAGCAAUUGAAUUAGGUAUUAAACCAGGUCCACAAUUUAGAGAUUUAACCAAUGGACAUUCGGUGGCUAAUGAAAAAGGAGAAAUAAUUGAACCUUCACAAGUUUUAGGACCAGAUAAAAUUUUACCAAAUAUUUUAAUUAUUGAUAUACCUACAGAUGAUUUUUAUGAAAAUACAAUUAGCAGCAAUAUUUGGUUUAAAAUUGAGAAUUUAGGAUUAGUUUAUCAUUUUAUUGGUGAUGAUAUAAAUUUUAAUCUUGAUUCAUAUAUUGAAAAUUUUAUAUCAAAAUUCCCCUCCAGUAUUAAACAUGUUAUUAGUCAUAAAUCAAUUAGUGAAAAUGUAAUUAUAAAUGAUAAAUUUGUUUUUAAUCAUUUAAAAUUGAAGACGGUUAUGAAUGAAAAUUUUAAUGUGCUUAAUCUGGAAGAUUUUAGCUCUUUAAUUCUAAAAGAGAAUAUUGAUAAAUUACAUAGUUUACAAGCUUUUGGAAUUAGUGAGAAAGGAAUUAUUAGCAACAAUUCUCAAGUCACAAAUAAAUCAAUUGAAGAUAUAUAUAACAAUGAAGUAAAAAAUUCAAAUGAAAACACACCGUCUUUUACUGAUCUUGAAAAAUCAAAUUUCCUACUAGAGAAUGAUAUAGAUUCAGAAAAUUUAAAAGAUUUUGUUCAUAUUUGUACAUUAGGGACAGGAUCAGCUUUACCAAGUAUACAAAGAAAUGUUUUAUCUACAUUAUUAAGAAUACCGUAUCAAUCAGAAUCUGGUGAUAUCACCUACAGAUCCAUUUUAUUAGAUGGUGGGGAAAAUACAAUAGGAAGUUUAUUAAGAAAUUUUGGACAAAAUAAUCAACAAGAUUUCAUCAAGAUUUUUAAAGAAUUAAAAUUAAUUUAUAUAUCUCAUUUACAUGCUGAUCAUCAUUUAGGAAUUUGUUCAAUUAUUAAUAAAUGGUUUGAAAUAAAUACCAAUGAAGAAGAUAUUUUAUAUAUGAUUUUACCUUGGCAAUUUAUAACUUUUUUAAAAGAUUGGUAUAAUUUAGAAUCAAAUCAUAAUACAACUUUUGAUAUCUAUAGAUUAAAAAUGUUUAGUUGUGAAGAUUUUAUACAAAUUGAAUCAAGACAACCUGAAUACAUCAAGAUAUCACUUGGAAAAUUUGAAGAGCUUUUUGAUUCUGGAAAAAUUAAAAAUGAAAUUAUAUCAAAAUCUUCUUUAACAGAUAUUAAUUUAAAAGAAGUAAAUAAAAUGUAUGAUGCCAUUGGUUUAAAAUCUAUUGCUUCAGUAAGAGCAUUACAUUGUUCAUGGGCAUAUUCAACAACAUUUGAAUUUAAAUUAAACCAAAAUCAAACUCAAUUUUUCAAAGUGUCAUUUUCAGGAGAUACAAGACCAAAUUUAAAAUUUAUAAAAAUUGGAAACGAAAGUGAUUUAUUAAUUCAUGAAUCUUCAUUAGAUACAUAUUGGAUAGAUGAAGCUAUAGCUAAAAAACAUACAACAAUGAUUGAAGCAAUUUGGGUAUCUAAAUUUAUGAAAUGUUCAAAUUUAAUUUUAACUCAUUUUAGUACAAGAUAUGGAAUUGGAAAUAAUUAUGUCCCCAAGCAAGAUUUAAUAAAUGAAUCCAAAAAAUUAAAAGCAUCAUUUGGUGGUGAUAAUGAAAAAAAUAAAAGAUUAUUUAAUAUCCUAAAGAAUAUAAAUCUUGAUGAAAUUGAAAAUAGUGAAAUUUUUUUUGAAAAUUUAAAUAUUGUUUAUGCUUAUGAUUUAAUGAAUUUUAAAUUUAGAAAUAUGAAUUUUCAAGAAUUGGUACAACCUCAAAUUCAAAAUUUAUUUGAAAUUAAUUUAAAGAAAAGAAAAUUAGAUGAUAAUGAUAUUGAUAUGAAUAAUGAUUGA